AUAAAUACCAGCAAGUGGGACCGAGACUGGAGGGCUGCUUGCAACUCGGUCUACAGAUGGAAGGUGGACUGUGUAACUCUAGGUGUCUUUUUUUCCUCCCCGGCACGCAUGGCUUUUGUUUCUGAGAAGAGGGAACAGAGCUGAUGCAGAGAGAAGCACUCGCGUCUCACACUGUAGGCUUGGGAGCCUUUUUGGAAGUGCCCGAGCGCACGGCGUGGCACUCAGUGUGCGCGCAGCAGCCGCACAGACUGCGUUCAGUCCCCACACGGCUGAACCGAUUCUAUAACACAGAAGGGAGAGACUGAGAGAGAGAGAGAGAGAGAGAGAGAGAGAGAGAGAGAGAGAGAGAGAGGGAGGCAGAUAACAGUGCACUCAAGGAAGAGUGGGGCUGUGCUGUCUGUUUUAUCACCAACGGAAACUGGAAAUUAAACUGUUUUUUUUAUUUUCACACAUCCAGCCUUUUAAGGCUACACUGGACUGAACUGUUCCGAGUUUACUGCACACCUCGGGAGUGAAUUAUUCCUUUGCGCUUUUUUUCAAACUGAAGAGGAGGAGAAAAAGAGCUGAGUUUGCUUUUAAAGUGAAUCGCAGGGACCAAGGAGAGAGGGAUAGAGACUCUGUUGCGUGUAGCCGGGCAGCAUGGUGCAGAAGAUGAGCCACGCGGAGAGCACCGCCGAGGCGCUGUCCUUUUUCGCCGGAGAUUCCAGCUCCGACUCCGGGGCGUGCAUGGACCUGGACCCGGCCGCAUCGCCUCUCUCCCCGGGCUCCGCGGCUUCUUCAACCGCCGGGGACAAGCUGGGAGAGAACCCCGCGUGGUGCAAAACGCCCAGCGGCCACAUCAAGAGGCCCAUGAACGCGUUUAUGGUUUGGUCGCAGAUUGAGAGGAGGAAGAUCAUGGAGCAGUCCCCCGACAUGCACAACGCAGAGAUCUCCAAGAGGCUGGGGAAGCGGUGGAAGCUUCUCAGAGACAGCGACAAGAUCCCCUUCAUCAGAGAGGCGGAGCGUCUCAGGCUCAAGCACAUGGCGGACUACCCCGACUACAAGUACCGCCCGAGGAAGAAGGUCAAAUCAAGCGCCUCCAAGCCGGGCGGUAACGGGGACAAGGGGGAGAAACUCAGCAGUAGCUCCAGCAGCACCAGCACCAAGACAUCCUCCUCUUCCAGGAAGAAUGGAUCCAAAUCACCCAGCAGCAGUAAGUCCCACAAAUCACUUUUCGGGAACAACAACAGCAGCAGCAGCAGCACCAAAGCAUCACCGUUUGCCUCUGACCACGCAUCAGAGCACCACCACAACUCCCUCUACAAGUCCAAGUCGGUCUCCUGCUCUUCGGCCAAGCUCAUACCGGAGGGCAAGAAGCCCAAGCGGGUGUACGUGUUCGGGAGCAGCGGGGCCAACUUGAGCGUCAGCCCCGCCUCCUCCUCGUCCUCCUCCUCCGUGGCGGUGCCGGCGAGCCCCACGCUCAGCAGCUCGGCGGACUCAAGCGACCCGCUCAGCCUGUACGAGGACGCGGCCAGCGGCCGGGAGGAGGGGGCCGACUCCCCCGCCAGCAGCAGCAGCGGCAGCAGCCCGGGCGGGUCUUCGGAGCGCAACGGGGGGCACACGUACAGCAGUCGGCGGGCGUCCUCGCCGACUCCCUCCGGCUCGCACUCGUCCGCCUCCUCUUCCUCCUCCUCCUCUUCUUCGGAGGACGACGAGGAGUUCGAGGACGACCUGCUCGACAUCAACCCGAGCCCGAGCUAUGACAGCAUGUCGCUGGGCAGCUUCGGCUCCUCGGCGCUGGACAGGGACUUGGAUUUGAACUUUGAGUCCGGCUCCGGCGGCUCCCACUUCGAGUUCCCCGACUACUGCACGCCCGAAGUCAGCGAAAUGAUCUCCGGGGACUGGCUGGAGUCCACCAUCUCCAACUUGGUGUUCACGUACUGAGUGAGCAGAACGCACGAAGGGAGAGAAGAAGAAGACAAACAAACAACCCCGAGAGGUGAUGUCCUACGAGCUGAAAUGUGACCACACACAGAAACAACGCAGUUCCUGCGGGGAGUGGGCGUAAUAGUUUGUGUUAUAACUAGCCUACAACAGACUAGUAAAAAAAACCCACUGAAACUAGUCCAGAUAUAGGCAAGAGCUGCAAGUCCUUGGGAGGCUGAACUUUCAAGCGAAUAACUUGCCCACUUCGUGCUUUUCCUGGGACGCGUGGACCGGGGGCCACAGACGUGAAGGGGAGACAAACGGAGGCACAUGCGUCGGUGUCCUGACGGUGAAACUCCUUUGAGUCCCGAACUGUUUCUGAACUUCAAAACAACCCAACCGUGGUUGGUUCGCACCGUGUGCAGUCCAUUCAGUCAACAACAACAACAACAACAAAAAGGGACAAACGUUUUCACAACUUUUUACCAAUUGCAAAGUGAAGUUCACCACUAACAAGGUACAGAAAUAGGACUGUCGUGCGACAUUUUUUUAUUGUGGUGUGUCACCGGGAGGGAUUUUUUAAUGAAACCGAGGUGGGUUGAUGUUUUUUAAAAGUCGAAUAUUUUCUCAAAAGCAAAAAAAACAUGUUAAGCAUGAUCGCCUACUUUGUUCCUAUCUUGUGCUGAGAUUUUCUGUGAGACUGUCGAGCGGUUUAAAACUAGUUUUAGUUAUUUAAAUGGGUAGGUGGCGCUCGCUUUCGGUUCUUCUCUUUAAAAUAAGGACAUUGAAAUAAUCACCAGCUGUUGUAAUUUCUCGAACUUCAGGAUUCACACUCAAACUUCAAAUCUGUGCUGAACUUUAUACACGUGUUCUCUACUAUUCAGGACCAAAAUGAUUUGAUUUCAGAUGAUAGUUAUAGAGAAAUCCUCACCGAUUUUUUUUCAUCCUCUGAGCUUUGUUUUGUACAUGUAUUCGGAUACCAUUUUAUAUGGGAUGUUGUAUUUAUAUACUGGGCCAAGCAUUUUUGACUUGAUCAUUUUUUUAAUUUCUUGUACACAUGAUCUAGUCCUCUUUGUUUCUUACACGGUUGUUUGUCGGUAUGUCGCAUUUCCUUCUCAGGCGAAGGGCUAGAGUUUUCAAAACACAAAACCUUUGAUUUAAUUUUAUAUUUAAAUGGACACACUUUUUGGACACUUAAAAGAGAGGAAACAGUUUGAUUAUUUUCUCAGUGUAUUUUUGUACAAAUCUAUAUAGAAAACAGGGGAAGUCAACAAUCGGUUUGUGUAGCCUGCUAAUACAGCUGUAUUGGAUUUCCUAAUGUCAGUACCCCGGCAGGCUGGUUUUCAUGCUGCCUUCAAGUGAUCAUGGUAAGCUCGUACCUAUGACUCUAUGUCGCCUGUUCAGAUGCUUUUUUUUUAAAAGACAACCAGCAAAAUAGACCUUCUAUCACUGUGGUGCCUAUUGUUUGUUUUAAGAAAUGAAAAGCACCAAGGUAUUUUAUACUUAAGUGACCUAACAAGAGGAGAUAAUAUUACUCAGUUGUGUUUAUGGUGUUUUAAUCCACAAAUCUGGCAAAUACUUUUCACCAGCACAUACUGACAAGACUCCUUUGAUGUCCAAUCUCGACAUAACUGUCAGUACGGGCAUGAUCUACUUUACCACGCAGUUAAAGGAUACAAUUACGAUUUUUCCGACAGCACUUGAACGCAGCACCAGCCUUUGUAUCUGCCUACCUUCUACGUUUACAGUGCCACUCUGCAGGCUCCUUAAAGAUACAAGAAUGCAUUAUUUCUCGAGGCUGCCCUGUGGACCAUUUGGGUUUAACAGCGUAACUAUCUAAAGCAGACUCUUUUUAUUCUUUGCAUUUUCUUUCAUAUCACUUGCCUAUGACAACAAAUGAGGAGAUUGUAGCUUUACAUUUGACAUGUUUCUUGAUGUUUUCAUUAAUUGAUGUCACAUUUGCCAAUCAACCUUUGUAUUUAACAGGCUAUGGAUAACACCAAGCAAACACGGACGAUAACAUCAAGCAUAUUCAAAUUUCUGACUUGAGUUCCGCAACACCUACUUGUUCUGCGUUUCUCAUUGUAUUUGAAUAUAUAAUCUUUUGUACUUGUCAGCUAACUAUUAGCUAAUAAUUGUUUUAGUAUCUUUAUGGCAUGGUGAAUAGCAUUUGUAUUUCAGAUUCAGGUUAAUAGCUGUUGUGUUUUUCAGAAAAAAAGAAAAAAUGAGGAAAAACGAUGAAACGUGAACUCGAUCUUUGUAUAUUUGACUGUAUCAUAAAGCAAAAAGAUUGUGUGUUUAUGUACGUUGUUGCUAUCGAGGACAGGCACUGUCUAGAACUGCUACCUUUUACACAUCCUUACUUACAUUUAAGGUGGUCAGUUCAGGACUUUUUUAUAUAUAUAUGAAAGCAUUUUUUUAAAAUAUAUUGACUUUAUUUUUCAUCCAUCCUGUGCAAUAUGCUGUGUAGAAUUAUCAUUUAUUGUCUCUAAUCAUGCCAUAAACAAAGGAACCACCCUUUUUUUGAGAAAGGGGGGAACUCAUGCCAGCUAAAUUGUGUCCAUUCACUGCCUGUCAGAUUGUUGAUAUAAACUUGUGUACAGAACUUUUUCAAGGAAGGAAAUAAAUAUCAGCUGGAACUGAAA